UCUCUCUCUCUCUCUCACUCUCACCCGUCUAAAGUCCGACAUUUGUAAAAGAAAAGCAAAGGAAAAAAAAAAGGAAAAGAAAAGCGCUUAACCGAAAUGGAAAAGGGCGAACCGUCAGAAAUCGACCACAACGCCACCCCCACCGCCACCGCUACCGUCACCGCUCACCACCUCUCCGUUCCAGCUGGAUUAACUCAACACGAGUUCGACAACUUGAGGAAUCUCAUCUUCGAGUUCCACACCUACGAACUCCGCCCCGGCCAAUGCUCCUCCCUCCUUUCUCAACUCAUACGAGCGCCGCGCGAUGUGGUUUGGUCCGUCGUUCGCCGCUUCGAUAAACCUCAAACUUACAAACACUUCAUCAAAAGCUGUACAGUCGCGGAUGACUUCAUAAUGACCGUAGGAUGUACUAGAGACGUCAAUGUAAUCUCCGGUCUCCCGGCGGCGACAAGUACAGAGCGGCUCGAUAUACUCGACGACGAUCGGUAUGUGACUGGUUUUAGUAUCACUGGAGGUGAGCAUCGAUUGAGGAACUACCGUUCUGUUACGACAGUACAUGAAAUGGAGCGUGACGGUCAGAUCUGGACCUUGGUGUUGGAAUCGUACAUCGUGGAUGUGCCGGAAGGGAAUACGGAAGAGGAUACACGAUUAUUUGCUGAUACUGUUGUGAAAUUGAAUCUGCAGAAGCUUACAUCCGUUACUGAAGGAAUGGUUCGUGCCGUUGAUUCUGCUUCUGCUGCUGCUUCAGGUACUACACCUUCAUCUAAAUCAUCAUCACACUGAUUUCAGAAAGAUCCUCGGGAGAAAAAAACAAAAAACAAAAAACAAAAAUACUAUUGGAAAUGAAAAGGAGAUAGAAAGAGAGACAUUAUAUUUCUUAAUUUCUUCAUCAUGUUCUUCAUCUCUUUGAUUUUGAAUUUGAAUUUCUUCUCCUUUUUGUUGGGGGCAAUUUGGUACGUGACUGUGAGUAUGGUUCUUUUUGUUAAUUGUAUGAAGAACAAGGAAAUUUCAUUUACUUUUCCAACAACAAAAAACAAAUUGAUUGGGAUGUUUAUAAACUGUUCUUAAUUCA